ACGACGUCGUUCGGUAUUCAGCAAAAUUUGAAAAUGCCAUCCGCGCUCACGCCAAAGUGAUCUCGCCCCAUUCCUCUUCCUCAAACGUUCACUCUCUCUACACUCCCCCCUCCCCCCUCCACAGAGUUACCGGACGGCGUAGAUUCGACGGUAAUGCGGUGUCGUUUGGGAUGAACAUGUCCACGGUGGAGAAUCUGUUCGUACAAAUCUUCGAGAGGAAGAAUCGGAUCAUCGAACAAGUCAAGCAACAAACCGACCUGUAUAGCCAACACCUCGCUUCUAAACUUAUAAUCGAAGGAAUUACUCCUCCUCCAUGGCUCUUGAAUAAUCACCAGUCGUCAAAUCCUCAAGAGCUGAACAAAGAAGAGCUGAUUUCUGAAAUUUUAGUUCCACGACCACGGCCACCUACUGUGCGCCAUGCUAGUGCUCGUUGCUCAUUGAACAAGAGGCCAGUUGUCACAGAUGACAACGAAGAUCUGUCUCAUGGAACAUUCUCCGAGAUUCAUACUUCCGACAAAGGCCUUUAUCACGCAGAUGGGACAGCUAAUAAAGUUGUAGAUCAUGAUAAUAACCAGGAAUAUGCUCUGAAAGGUGUUCCCGAGCUUGAUGUAAGUGUUAACUCUCCCCUAGAUCAGAGAGAUACAAGAUUCCAGAACAAUCGUAAUGAUCUAGACCGGUCACUAGCUAGAAUACAAAGGUCUAAGUCUAGACAAAAGGCUCUUCAGCUUCGUAAUAGUGCACAAGGGGAAGUGGAGGGCUGCUCCAGUCAGCAGAAAAAUUGUGAUGCUGCCUCUAUAGGGAUUGGUCUCUCUACUCCUGAACGAGUUAAUCUCAAUUAUGGGUUGCAGAUAUUGUCUGAACCUUGUGUAGUUAGUAAUGGUAGUGGCGGGUUGAGGGAAUCAGCUGAAAGAAAUCAUGAAGGUCAAGAAAGGGACAUCAAUUUACAUACUGGUGAGAGUUCUAAGCAUGAAACAUCUGCGAAGCAACUUGACUGUGCGAAAAGUCAUACAAAAAAAGUGGAUAGCUUGUCUGAUGUUGCUGAGAAAAGUCAUACAAAAAAAGUGGAUAACUCUUUUGCUACAGCUUCAAGCCACAAACGUAGCUGCAAUUUUGCUUCCAAAGGUAUCAAUUUGUCUGCCUCUGCUUCUCAACUAAUUGAUUUUUCCAACAAGUCAGACCACUUGUUGGAAUCUUUUCCUGUUGGUAGUGAAGCUAUCAAAUUAAAGGAAUUUGUAGAAGUACACCAGCAUGAGGGGAUUGAAAAUAGAGUCACAAGGUCCAGAAGUAAUGCCAAACAACUGAACUGUAUAAAUGAUUCUCUUAAAGUGGAUGGUUCUGCUGGCGUAGUUCAAAACGAUGAUCAUACCCAAGCACGCUCUACAGGUUGUGUGUCAGGUAGGUCAUGGGAAGAGACUAAUACAUCUAAUACUCACAAGCCAAUAGUCAAAGGCUGCCUGAAAACUAAGAAGAAGAAUGACAUUUAUUGUGGUAGGAUCACAAGAUCCAAGAGUAUGGCCAAAAAAUUGCCUUGUCUGGUUGAUGAUUCACAUGCCACUAUAUCUGCAUUCUCAGAUAGGUUGAGCACUGAUGUUUUUGCUACAGCAAUUGGUGGAUCAUCAGAAGUGUUAUCUGACAAUCCUGGUUCAUUCAAGUCAGUUAAACCUUCUCUUGGAUCAGAUCAGAAAAGCAAAAAGACACAAAAUAACAUUGGCAACGAAGUCACAACAGAGCCUGUAACUUCCACUGUUGCUGGUUCUGAAGGUGCCCAUUCUAUAUCUGCUGAUUCAGAGAAGUCUUCCAAUGAAAAUUACGAUACUUAUUUUCCAACAGGCAGUAAAUCGAUCAUCCCUUGCUCUGAUAACAGUGACACCCAUAAUCAGCAAGGAAACACUGAAGCUGCGACGGAAGGAUCUCCCACUUUUAGGUCUAGAACCAGCAAUUCUGACCCAGAAGUGGGAGUGGAAUGUCUGGUUGCCAAUCCUUCACCUGAUUGUUUUAUGUCAAUGAAGCCGAAACAACUUCACUUUGAUGACAUGGAAAAGUGUAACCUGAAGAGGAGCUUUACUCCUAACUUUGAGGAGAAGAGCUUGAAACCAACAGAUGAUAUUUCCAAUACCUCACUAGAACCAACCUCACAAAAGAAGAUGUCCGGCAGCCCUGUGGAUAACAGAUUUUCUUGGGAACAGUCAAUACCCGAGCAGGAAAUUUCAAGUAAGUUAGACGACGUUCCAGGGAGUUCUUUUGCUUUGAAAAUCAGAGACCCUGCUGGUACUGGAAUGAAUGGCUGUGUAUCAGACAUGAAUGGACAUCUUGCAUCAGGGAAUACUAUAUAUGAGUCAAUGGGCAGACAAUGUUCUCGGCAAUCUCCUUAUAUGCAUGAUGAUAAGACACUGUCAAAUGAUGUUGGUCAUUAUGAUGCAGAGCCUCAGCAUGUUAAACUCAAUUUAGAAGAAUCACAUAAUUCUGUGGUAGAACUGCACGCAGAGGUGGGAGGUAACAGUUGUGACAGGAAUGCUCAGUGUCUACCUGCAUCUUAUGUUGCCAACACCAAAAUUGCUGCAGCACCUUACAUCUCAAGUUUGACUAAAAAGGUGACUGGAGAUUCCCAGGAUUGCUUGGCAAAGAACUUUGAAAUUGAAGAUCCAACUUUCAUUUCCCAAGAUGCGAAGAGACAGUCUUGCAUGCCAAAUGAUCCAAAUUUAACUUGUUUUAGUGGUGAAAACAGUGAUGGAGAUGUUACCAUCAAGUGCAACAUUGAUAGCGAUUCCCAUCAGAAGGAGAAUGACUUGGAUACGUCUAGUCCCCUACAAUCUGGUCACAAUGAUAAUGAGAAUCUCAAUCUCUCCGUAUCAAGUGAUAUUGAAAAUGCAAAGGUGCUGUCGUUGUUUGAUGGCAGAUUCAGAUCUUCUAAGAUGGAUUCAUGGCCACAAGUCAAGAGGAAAAAUAUUGAAGAUAAGCAGGCUAACUGCUUUUCUGAUUGUCCAAAAUCUGAAAUGUCAAAGCUUUACCGGAUACAUAUGGAUGCUAUAAGCUUAAACAUCAAUACCAUUCAAGAAAAAUCAGACAAUGUUGUGGAACAUACACCUUUCAGAGUCAAGAGUUCUAAUGCAGGUAUAUCCGAGAAAAUAAACUGUCAUUUGAGAGAAGGAGCACCUUCCUCGCCAAAGCUGCAAAAAGAAGUGGGAGGUAACAGUUGUGACAGGAAUGCUUGUCUACCUGCAUCUUAUGUUGCCAACACUGAAACUGCUGCGACACAUAACAUCUCAACUAUGGCCGAAAAGGUGACUGGCAAUUCCCAGGAUUGCUUGGUGAAGGAACUUGAAAUUGAAGAUCUGACUUCCAUUUCCCAAGAUACAAAGAGAGAGUCUAGUAUGCCAAAUGAUCGAAAUUUAUAUUGUUUUGAUGGUGAAAGUAGUCAUGGAGAUGUGUGUGUCAAGUGCGAUAUGGAUAGGGAUUCCCAUCAGAAAGAGAAUGACAUGCCUACAUGGAGUCCUCAACAAUCUGGAUGCAAUGAUGAGCAGAAUCUCAAUCUUUCCAUAUCAAGUGAAAUUGAAAAUUCAAGGGAGUCCUUGCUGUUUGAUGGAAGAUUCAGAUCUGCUAAGCUGGAUUCGUGGCCACAAGUUAAGAGGAGAAGAAUUGAAGAUAGGCAAACUAAAUGCUUUUCUGUUUGUCCAAACUCUCAAAUGUCAAAGCUUUAUCACAUGCAGAUGGAUGCUAUAAGCUUAAACUUCAACACCACUCAAGAGCAAUCAGACAGUGUUUUGGAACUUACACCUUUCAGAGCCAAGAGUUCUGAUGUGUGUAUAUCCGAGAAGAAAAAUUGUUCUUUUGGAGAAGGAAUUAGUUCCUUGUUGAAGCUGCAAAAUGAAGUGGAUGCGGUACAUUUUAAACAGUUCGGAUCUGCUUCCUCUUCUGAUGACAAACUGUUACGUGUAUCUCAUGUCUCAAGUUUGUUUAAAGAGCCAGCUGAAAAGGAACUGGAAACUGGAGAAGAACAUGAACUCCUUUCUGAUGCUGAAAAAUCCUCUGAUGAACAAGACAUUUCAGACUUGCUGCACCUUGAAAAGAAUGUUAAGUUGGAUAAUCCUAAAGACGUGACUUGUUUGGAGAGAAAAUCUCAUACUGGAGACCAGAGCCUAUAUUCCCAAUCAUGUGUUAGCAGUUCUCCGCAAAAUAAAGACUUGGAUAUCACCGAUGCUGAUCAAUCUAAGCCUGUGCUCGAGGGUUUCAUUAUUGAUGCCUCAACAGCAGAUGGGGAAAUGGAUAUUGCCCAAUUUGGGAUCAGCUAUGAUAACCUGAACUUUCCAAGCACAACAAUUCAGCGUGCUAGCAUUCUGGAGCGCAUCUGCAAAUCAGCUAGUGCAAAUACACCCUUAUCUCAUCUCACAUCUGCUUUUGGGUUGCACCAUACUCAAAAUCUAUAUCAAUCUUUACCUAAUGGGCUUCUUGAGCACCUGGAUCUGAGGAGCACCUUGUUUCCGGAGGAGGGUGUCAACAAACAGCUUAGGGCAAGUUAUAGCUGUGUGGAUGAAGUGAAUGAUUCUAAACUGGAGAUACCUUGUUCUGAUUAUCAAUCUUCUUACCAAUGUCAAUUUGGAGGGAGGUCAGGGAGCCAAUACCAGUCUCCUGUUGGAAAGUUUUGGGAAAGGAUCUCGUCACAUUCUACCAGUUCAGAGAAGCGUUUGAGCUCAAACCCGGAGCUCACGUGUUUCCCAAUUGAGGAGGAUCCCAAUAGUAGUGAGGAGAAUGAGGCUGCAGAUGAGGUGGCUGGUAAAAUCUGUGAUGAAUUUGAUUCAACGGUAGUGAAUAGUCAUGUCAAAAGACUACCACUUGCUGAUGUAACUGACUCAUAUCUGAAUCCUCCCGCUUCAAUCUCUGAAGCUGAGAGGUCUCAUGCUAGGGGAAGUCUGGAUUCUCUUAAGACAGAUGCUAGCUGCACUGGGCAUCAUAAUAAAGCCAAAAGAAAGCUUGGAAGUAGCUUCAAAAAUAUGAGUGGGGCAAAGGUGAAACAGAGUUUUUUGAUGGGUGCAAAAGGAAUUAAACAAGGUAAGGAAUCCCUUAGGAGGUCUAGUAGGCAAAAGUUAUCAUCUAAAUCCAGUUUUAAGAGCGAGAGACAGAACCUAUCAGAAAAAGGGGCAAGACAGAACAACAUUGUCUCAAAUGUGACUUCAUUUAUACCACUAGUCCAACAGAAACAAGCAGCUGCUGUAUGUACAGUAAAGAGAGACAUCAAAGUGAAGGCUCUGGAAGCUGCUGAAGCUGCAAAACGCCUGGAAGAGAAAAAAGAGAACGAGCGUAAGAUGAGGAAAGAAGCAAUGAAGCAUGAGCGGGCACGGUUGGAGCAAGAAAAUUCAAAACAAUUGGAAUUACACAAGAAAAAGAAGGAAGAGGAAAAGAAGAAAAAGGAGGCUGAUGCAAUAACAAGGAAAAGGCUGAGGGAAGAAGAAGAGAAAAAUGACAAGGAAAAGAAAAGAAAGCGAGUAGAAGAAGCACGACGACAGCAGAGAGAGCAUGAGGAUAAAACUCAUGCGAAAAGAGCGGAGAAAGGCAAAGGAAUUCUCACUAUUGACGAAAAGAUGACAGAUAAAAAGAAAUGUAAUAGUGACGUGGAAAAGUGUCAAACAGAGAAAGAAAGAGUAGGAAAGACCUUCAAGAAGCAAGAGACUGAACCCAAGCCGGUGGAACCCGUGAGAAAUGAUUCAUUUCAAGCAACGACACCACCAGGAAAAUGUCACGUUUCUGACAAUUCUACUGAUCAUGAAAAGGUAACAUGUGUAUUGGGGAAACCUGAUGCAAACACUGAAUGCGUUGCCAAGAAAAGUCAAGAGAAAUCAUAUGAGAUCUCACCUUAUCAGUGCUCCGAUGAUGAAGAGGAUGAGGAUGAAGAUCUACCCAUUCGAAAAUUUGUUCCCUCAUGGUCCAGCAAACUCAGUGUGGCUAAUGCCCUACCUCUGCAGCAAACAAUUGACCCUGAUUCCAUAUUCCCCCCCGAAAGUUUCUGCAGUAUGGACGAAGUACUUGUGCCCAGGAAGUUACAGAAGAGACAUGCACCGAUCUGAUUAUGUUUUCCUAGACUCCAAGAACUUGUUUAUACAAGGCUAGUGCUUCUGCUCGAAGACAAGGAUUGUAUACAUAAAUUGUACAGAUGGAAAGAUGACUUGCUAUGCAGCUCGGCAAAACAAGCUUUAACGGCUGUGCAUGCUGUUGUUUUACCCCUUGAAAUGUGCACUUCCAGUAUCAGUGAUUCAAAAACCUUUCCAAUGUAAGUUGGCUUGAAGUUUUUUGUAAUAUGGCAAUUAGUUUUAGUACAUCAUAAUUUGAGAUGAUUUAAAAGCAGAACUACAGUAAUCUACUUGGCUGUCUUUUGUAGAAUUUUAAUAUCUUCUUUGGACAUAUUUAUUCGAAACGAGAAGAUAAUCACAAGUUGUUAUGAAUGAAAUGGCCGCGGAUGACACAUUUGGGAAGUUAGUAAAUAAUGUGUGGAACCCGAGUUAGGAGCACGUAAGCGUGAAUUGGGUGAGGUAAAGUAGUUAAAGAGCAGUAGAAUAGGCAAAAUUAGCUACGGAAUUUGUGUGUUAGAGUCCUUUGAUUCCAGUUAAAUUUAUUCAAUUAGUGUUUGUAAUUUGCUCAGUUUAUUAGUGGAAGAAUUUACAUUGGUUCA